GCGGGCCGGCCAUCAACCCCUCUAAAUAACACCCCGAUAAAGAGGCGGCGUUGAAACAAAGAGAAAAAAGCUUCGGAAAUUUUAAAUCGGAAAAAAAGGGGGAAAAAGAAGAAUGAGUGUGUAUGGAGGGGAUAGUUGGGGAAGAGAAGCACAAUACCGAAAGAGAAGAAUCGAUGAAGUUGUUCUAGAAGGGAUCGAAAUUGAUGAUGGGCAUGGCUCUUCUUACAAGAAGCUCGCUUCUGGCAAAUACGCUUGUCUUGUCUGCCCUCAAAAUCCCAUCUUUGAUACUCCUCUCAUGCUUUCGAUGCAUUGCAAAGGAUCACGUCAUUUGGCUGCAAAGUCGAAGGCGAAAGAAAAGGAACUUAUGAGACGAAACGAAAUAAACAAGAGACUAGCUUUGGAAGGCUCUUCAACUACUUCCUCUAUUAACUCGAGUACCACCAAGCAAAAUGCUCAUUUACCUAGCAAAAGCAAACCAUUGAUCCAAAUGGCACAAAAGGCUGCUUCUGAGAUACUCGGUAAUAAAAGACUCGAGGUUGACUCGAGAAACGAAAACCACAACACGGUGGUACCAAGACAGAAUGAUGUUAAAAAUGCAACACUGGGUUUCUCUCGGGAUCACAAUUGUUCGAAUGAAACAUCCCACAAGCUAAUACAGAACCAUCUGGAUUUCCGGGAAUGUAGAGAGAGAGAACUUAAGUUUACAUCUGCAGGUUGGAAACGUGAUUGUCAUGGUAAAUGGUACAAAGAUGAAAAUGUUGAAUUUGACUCGGAUGAAGAAGAUCCAAACUCAUCAUUUUGAUCGAAGAUCCCGGAGAUUUCAGCAUCGGUCCACUACUUGCGGACGUGGGAUGCAAAAUUGAGCACUUGUUUCGUUACAAGAUCCUGAUUAACCCUUGUAGGCACAGUGUGCUGGAGAUAAGAGAUAAGCUAUCGGAACAAGAAAGGAUUGUAUGAAACGGUGACACCAUGCCAACGUAUAUCACUUUUAUUCAAAUUAUGUCACGUAAUCAAAGCAAGUAUUCCUUUUUCCCACUGAAACAUAUUGGUAAAAGUAACAUGGAGACCUCUAUAUUAAGACUCGGAUUGCAUUUUGUCUCUUUUACUAAAAAAAUGGCAAAUUAGUUCUUAUAUAUUAGAUCAAAGAGUAAAUUUGAUUUUUUUUGUUAAAAAA